AUGGGGGAUCGGAACGACGUGACGGCGACAUCGUUCCGCGUGACGGUCUCCGCGGCGGAGCCGUACAGCUUCCAGGCCUGUGCCACCCAGCAGGUGCAGAGCUCGGUGCGCAUCACGCACAUCACCUUCACGCCUCCCAGCGCGGAGGAGGCAGCAGCGUACAUGCAGCACCAACAGAAAGAUGCCGGCACCGCCGCCGCGCCGUCUGGCGACAAGAGGAGCAAGAACAAAGACAAUGACAACACCAGUGUCGCCGUUCGUCCCGCAACACUCGCGAGUCUUCGCACGCUUUGCGCUUCAGGGAAAAUGGAAUCGCACCUCGUCGCGUGUUUUCCGUGGACCGUCACGGGUGACGCGGCGUCGGCG